AUGACAGCGGAUCGGUUGCUGAGCAACAAUGGCGUGCUGAAGGUGACGACGCGGUGGCUGCGGUUCUUUGCCACCGUGUUUACGUGGCCCAGCACGUCGCAGGACUGCCGUCCCGAUACACAAGAAGAGGUGGCAGUGCAUCCGCUCUACCGGCGGGAGCUCUCAGCCGUGUAUGAGCUGUGCCACCUCGUGCCCGUGGUCCACAUUGACGGCAAGGGCGACGAAGACGAGCCGCCCACCACCAUGGACAUCUCCCUCUUUCAGUCCGUAAGGGUGCUUCGCCUGUGCCACGUUGAGCUGCGGCUCGUGCACGGUCUCCACGCUGUCAAAGACCAGCUGCAGCAGCUCGUGCUGUAUCGGUGCGUGGACCCCAUCGACGCCGUGCUCGUCUCCUUUGGCGCAGACCGCCUGCCCUUUGCCACCGUCACCCCGGCCAGCGUGCUUGCAACGCCAGCCAAGCAAGCCGGCACCGCCGAUGCUGCAGGCGCCGAGACACCAAACACGGCGCUUCGUGACAGCUCGGCAGUACAAGGCAGCGUGGCGCGCAGUCGCGAUACGGCCAUUACCCCUCCCGAUGGCCUGGCUGAUGGCGGUGAUGGUGGCGGGUUUGGCGCAGACGAGGUGUGGCCGGCGCUGCACAUCUUGGACGCGGCCUGCAACGAGCUGCACGAGAUCUCGCGGUCCAUUGCGCGCGCGCCCAACGUGCACACGCUUGUGCUCAGCAGCAACAAGAUUGCUGCGCUGGCCAUUGAGCUGGCGCGGCUGCAGAGUCUGCACACCCUCUCCCUCGGGUACAACCACAUCACCUCCGUUGCUGUCGUCCGUGACAUUGCGGCACAACACGGGCUGCAGAAGCUGACCCACCUCACCCUCUGCUUCAACCAGAUCAAGUCCUUGGACGGCCUUCAGUUCCUCUCUAACUUGACCGUGCUGAAUGUUGCCCACAACCGCAUUUCGGAUCUUCGCGAGAUUGACGCGUUCCUGGUGCCCCUGCCCUUCCUCCGCGAAUUGGACCUUCGGGGAAACACCGUCGUGAUGCAAUCCGAUGUGCACCCGCUCAUCUUCGCUCUCUUUGGCCGCGACAGAUGGCGCUCCUUUGUUCUCAACGACAUCACCGCCAGGGACCUGACGAAUGUGCAACUUGUGCACUACUUCCUGAAGGAAUUCGAAAAUCCGCACGUGCGUGCGUCUGUGUUGGCUCCUCGGCACGGCGCGCUUGAUACGGGCGCAAAGAACACGGCGGCACACCUGCAGGCACUUGACCCGACACGCGUGCAGGACGUGGAUGUGCUGCGCGUGGCGCAAUCAGAACGCACACCGGUGCAGGAGGACCUUCAAGGCGUAGAGGGACAGGCGUCGCCGCACACCGCAAAGCUCAAGGCGAAGAAGACCAAAACCAAGUCGAAGAAGAAGAAAAAGAAGAAAAAGAAGAAGGCAGCUGCAGCAACAGCUGUCGUGGUCGGCGAUGAGGCAGUCGAAGCCAACAACAACAACGACGCCAACAUCAUUGGUGGUGGUGGUGGUGAUGUUGACGGUAGAGAGAGGGAGCGAGCUGGGCAAUCACAGCCUGGCAAUGGCAAUAAUCAGCGGUAA